AUGUAUUUAGAGAAGAAUUCAGAAAGCAUUCCUCACACACUUCCCGUCAUCGCCCUAGAGGACAAUCAGCACAUCCACAAACAGCCAACGCAUCUGACGAGCAGCAUUUCCGAGUUCAUUGGUGUUUUCAUCUUUGUUGUGUGUGCUGAAACCAUAAAGCUUUUUGGCGAUAAUUUACUUAUUUUUGGUAAAUUCCCAGUGAAGGAUUUAUUUCCUUAUCUUCUUGCACAGCUCCUCGGUGCAACAUUUGGUGCUCUAUGUGUACAUGGUGGCUACCAUCUAUAUACUGGCGUGAUCUUGACUCAACUUUCAACUGCCAAUGCCACCUUUGUUACUGUUUCAACCCUAUGUCUUAUGACCUUCACUAUUGAAUGGCUAUUUGCAAUGUUGGCAAGUAUGUUUAUUCACUUAGAUGUAGCUCAGUCAAAAGGCAAAAUGUUUCUUGGUGGACCAGGGUGUUUACGUUGGUUGAGUGUGAUGUAUUUUAUGUCGGUCGUCUACUUCUUUGAAGCCCGACUAGUUAUCAACACUGCGUACGGAAUGGGAGUUCAGAUCGCCUCUUGGAUUCUGCAGGUCAAACCACUUGCCCUUCAGUGGUCAUGUGCAGCGACCACUUUUGUCAGCUUACCAGCAUUCAUGGCUGGCGGUGCACUUUACAAGCUUCGCCAUCCUGAGAAAAUAUCAAGGGCAGACUCAACAGAAAAGUGCAUGGAGCCACUUGGGAGCGCUGAGCUUGUUUGA